AUGUUUCAUCAGACGCCGGGAGACUAUACCGGGCCAAUGCCUUACGCCCAGAACCCUUCCCACCCUGGCGAAGGGAUGGAGAAUUACUACGAAAGCGUGCCAUCCCAAUGGCCCGGAGUGGAAGGCACACCCUAUGGCGACGUCGGCCAUCCCUACAGCGGCGCAGCGGCCUUCCCAUCCAGCCAUAUCCUAACGCCCAUCAGCCUCCCAGACGCAUCCUACCCCCAGCCGCGAGCAAGUCCCGUCCUCAGUCACCACUCACAAGAGUAUGCAUACCACGUCGCUGAAUCCGUCCCGCCGCACGGGCUGGGCAUCACGGCCCCCUUCCCGAGCGAAUUCCCCCGAACCGUAACCGCCGAUCUCCACCACACCCUAGAAGGCUCAGUCUACUUCGGCGAAACCUCGCUCUCCCCGGAACCAUCACGCGCAAAGCGCACCCGGCGCAGCCCCCAGCCGAUACUGCCCAGCCGCGAGACCCCCGUCAACAUCCUCCCCCACCCAGAGGGUCUCCAGCGCCUCGAGCACGAGAGACAGCUCGGACCCACCGAGCCCCAUCUUCAUCGUCCCCGGGCUCCCGGCCGCGGGCGCAGAGACCCCCAGGCCGAGGAAGAAGACACCUUUGUGGAGCGUCUCCGCGAGCAGAAUCUGGCGUGGAAGGUCAUCCGCGAGAAGUUCCGCGAGAGGUUCCACAAGGAUGCUUCCGAGGCCCGUCUGCAGAUGCGUAUGCUGCGGAGGCGCAAGGAUCGUCUGGCUCGCUGGGACGAGAACGAUAUUCAGCUCCUCAUUAGGGCUCGCGAGUACUGGGAGCGCGAGAAGUACAACUUUAUCUCGCAAAAGAUGAGAGAAUUCGGCUCCCGAAGAGUCUACACCCCCCAACAAUGUGAAGCCCAACUCCGCGAACUAGACGCCCAGCAACAACUCCCCCAGCGCAUACCCCCCCAACGAGCAACAGACCCGCAACAUGCCCGCCGAAGAGCAAUACUCAAGGCUUCCCGGGCCUCCUCCUCAAUUCCCGUAACGACGACCGUCCCUAUGACGAAAGUAUAA